AUGCUGACAUAUCACUCCUAUGAGAUUGUUGGCCUUCAUUUCUCAAGAGACGAUCGUUUUCUGAUCUCAGUCGGAGAUUACAGGGAGUGUUCCGUGGUAAUAUGGGGUACUAAGGACUACAAUGUACUCACAUCGUCCUAUACUAAAACUCCAAUCCAUGACAUCGCAUGGGAUCCUUAUACGAUGAACGAGUUUGUGUCGGUCGGACAAGAUGGUCACGUGCUGUUUUGGUUACUGGAAGAAUCUCGUGGAUCUUUCAACUUGAAUUUUAUGAAGGAUGACCCUUCGUUUUUAGGUUUGCGAAGGAAAGUUCCCGAUGAUUUGUUAUACACUUCAAAGCAGAAUGACUCCAUGGUACAUUUUACAAGUGUCCGCUAUGCUGGUGAUAAUGUGCUAUAUAUAGGCAAUAAUGCUGGAAUUAUAUCCGCUUGGGAUACAAGACAAAACAAGUGUUUUAUGCACUGGCUUUCUGACGAUUCUGAAAUCGAUGUAAUUGUUUGUCAUCGUGGCUCGCUGAUUACCGGAGGCUCAUCGGGGCAUCUUCGUCUUUGGUCUGUUGUAGGCGUUGGAGAGAUGAGAUUGCCCGGAGAGAAUGAUAUAUUGAAUCAAAAUGGUUUGGUUAUCGAAGACGAAAUGUCUUUGGACGCCGGAGUGAUUUCUGCUUCAUUUGACACAUCCUUGGAAAUGCGCUGUAAUUGUGUUUCAUUCUGUCCAACUCCUCCACGUGAACCAACACAUAAUGUCUUACAAGAUGGUGAAGUGAUAGCCACAGUACAUCCUCACAUGGAACCAGUGGAGAAACCAUUAAGACCAUCACAUUGCGUGGCUGGUUUUGAUGAUGGAACCGUAAGACUCUUUGAUCUUGGAAGAGUUGAAAUGAUUAUGAAAAUACAUCCUCAUUCUGGGGCGUUACUGUUAUCAAUUUUUCUUCCUGUGUGGUAUAUGUUGUAUCUAUCUGUAGUAUACAGUGAUAUAUGUGGUCAUGUUUUUAUGAGUGGUAGUACAGAUGGUGUGGUAGCCAUAAGUAGUCCCGCUACUGGCCUCACUGUCCGUUUGAUUCAAGAUCAUAAGGGAGGACCAAUCACUGAUAUGGACAUUGCUUUACUUAAAAACGAUCGUCCAUCAUUCAAUUCGCCCAGAUCGUGGCUUAUUGCGAGCGCUGAUCGUAGGGUUAGCGUAUGGAAGGCAGAUUGGUCGAAGGAUUUCUGCGAGCUUGUUGAUUGGUUACCUUUCCCCGCUCCAAAUAUAACACCUGAAGGAAUUGCUUUGAAAAAAGACGAUGCGUCUGCGUAUUUGCAUCUACCGCCAAGUUUGGCAAGAUUCUCGCCAACAGAGCCCGAUGUUAUUGUGUACAGUGGUUAUGGUCUGAGAAAACUGAUACAAUUCUACAGCUUGUCCCAGAGAAAGGUUUUUCGAACUAUUUUGUUGACACAAUGGGCUUCUUGGAAAUAUCGCCUAAGGGUCAUUUAA